AUGACGACAUCAAUUCUACCUUCAAAGUUUGAACGAGGCGAUUUAACAACGUGGCUUCGUGAAUAUGAUGCUUGCGCGGAGGCAAAUGAAUGGGACGCAGCAGCCAAAAUUAAGAAAUUACCAGCUUUCCUUCGAGGUGAAGCAGCUAGCCACUUUUACUCACUCAACCAGGACAGUCGUAAGACAUAUGCCGAUGCUACAAAAGCUUUAAAAGAAGCCAUGUGUCCUCCAGCGUGCAAAGAAGUACUUUAUGCCGAGUUCGAAGCGAGAUUGCUAACACCAGGGGAAGAUCCAGCAGUCUGCAAGUGGGAAUUGGAACAAAUCCUUACGAAGGCUGAGCCGAAUAUCGACACAAGAGCGAAGACAGCGCUAUUGACGAGACAAUUUAUGAAAGGUCUGCCAAAACACAUCAGACUAAAGCUAUUGGAAAGUGAUCCAACGCCAGAUCUCCCUAAAAUGGCGGUUUCGUUUGUUCAACGAUACCGAGCUAUUCAGGACUACACAGAUCGAGACAGUGACAUUCGUAGUGCUGGUGUUGCGAGCGAAAAGAGUGGCAACGAUAUGGCCAGUUUAGUUGCGCUGGUUUCAGACAUCGCCGUACGACAAAAGAAUUUAGAAGAGAAGCUCUCGAAAACUGAACGAGAUAGAAAGCCGGAGCCGACGCAGAAUCGAAGCAACAAAAAGUGUUUUGUAUGUAAAAGGAUGGGCCACAUCGCCAGGGAUUGUUGGUACAAUGACCAGAGACAAAAUCAGAGCCAGACGACUGACUACUCCAACAGAUGUUAUGAAUGCCAGGGAUACGGACAUUUUGCCAAGGAUUGUGCUAACCAUUUAAACUCCAAGCGGGCGAUACGAUAA